AAUUCCCAUACCACUUUUAUUUAUUUUCUCAUCGCAAAUUUUUAUAUUUUAUAUUUUCUCACGCUUCUCUCGCCAAUAUAAAAAAAAAAAAAUCUUGCCUAUUCUCUCUCUCCAUCUCUCUUUCUCUUCUGCCUUGGUUUGUAAAUCUCUCUCGUCGUCGAUCGAGAAUGGGUCCGAUCGUCUUGACUCAGUUAGCCACUGGUCUAAGCGUAUUGGCUGGUGCGGUGCUGGUCAAAUCGGUGAUGGACCAGAAGCCCAUGGCCGGCCCGUUUCCCAGGUGCUCCAGUUGCAAUGGCACGGGUCGGGUCUCGUGUCUCUGCUCGCGUUGGUCCGAUGGGGAUGUGGGUUGCCGGACUUGUGCCGGUUCGGGUCGUAUGGCGUGUAGUAGCUGUGGUGGAACAGGUACGGGUCGACCCAUCCCGGUUCAACUCUCUGUACGACGUUCAAACACUCCGUCGUAACGGGUGCGGUUCGUCUUUGGUAGAAAUUUUUUAGUAAUAUUUUAAAUUCUAUACUUUAGCUGUAAUACAAUCUUCCCUUUCUCUCUUAUUUUUCUUUCUUUUUCUUUUUUUAAAUUUUUUUGGAGUUUUUUUAAGCUAUGAUUAAAUCUGUAUAAUAUAUGCUGAUGAUACUCUCAGAGAGAAAUGGAAGAUUAUUUAGUUUGUAAUGGAAAAUCAAUUUCACUAAAUUUUUAUUA